GUCACCAUCACCUCCUACACCGUCCGAGAUGUGCGAUGGCCGACCAGCCUAGAUCGAAUCGGGGCUGAUGCCAUGAAUACCGCAGGUGACGACGCUCAUGGUCGGAUCUACUUCCAUACCAACACUGAGCUCGUCGGUGUGGGUUGGUCAUUCUCCAACGGGCAGGGUAAUGAAGUACUCUGUACCGCACUUCAUGCUUUUGCACCACGAUAUAUCGGCCAAACCCUUGCCUCUCUCGUUGAUGAUUUCGCCACGACCCAUCGAGAAGCGGUUUCUGGUCAGAUUCGAUUCAUGUCCCCCGAGCGAGGUGUCAUGCAGUUAGCCACUUGUGCCGUUCUGAACGCUAUCUGGGAUCUAUGGGCUAAAUCAGAGAAGAAGCCUCUAUGGCGGCUGGUGUGCGACAUGACACCCAAAGAGUAUGUUCAAUGCAUCGACUUCCGUUACCUCACCGACGCGAUCACACCGGAGGAAGCGAUUGCUCUCCUGCAGAGAGCUAGUAAGGGAAGAGAGGAGAGGGAGAAGGUGGUAAAGGAAAGCAGAGCCGUACCUGGGUACAGUACAAGCAUUGGUGGACUGGGUACAAGCGAUGAAGGAGUGGAGGAGCUUUUGACACUCGCUGUGGAACAGGGUUUUACUCGAUUCAAGCUUCGCCUUGGACUCGGCGUCGAACGUGAUAAGAAACGACUGGCUAUAAUCCGUCGGAUAGCUGGUUGGGACGCAACUAUCUUCACGGAUGCCAACGAGCAAUGGGAUGUUCCUACUGCGGUGUGGUACCUACCUCAACUUGCCGAGUUUAAACCAGUUUUCAUUGAGGAACCAACCAGUCCGGAUGAUAUACUGGGGCAUGCGAAAGUACGAGCGGCGUUGAAGGAGUACAACAUCGGUGUGGCAACAGGGGAGCAUGUCAACAACCGAGUCAUGUUCAAACAAUUUCUCCAAGCCGAAGCUGUCGACUACCUCCAACUCGACGCCGUUCGGUUAUCAGGUGUGAACGAAAUCCUUUCUGUCCUUCUCCUGGCGGCCAAGUUCAAAGUUCCCAUCGUGCCCCACUCUGGUGGCGUUGGGAUGGUAGAGCUCUGUCAACAUAUCAGUACAAUCGAUUACCUCAUGGUAUCCGGCAAAGAGAGCAUGAUGGAAUACACAAAGCACCACCACGAUGAUUUCCUGGCAGGCGCUCAAGUCGAGGACGGAUAUCACACCACGCCAUCACAGCCGGGAUAUUCGAGCGAUCUACACCCAUGGGUAUAUGACAAGUACGAGUGUCCCAAUGGCUCAUACUGGAAGUCGGAGCAGGGAUUGACAAUGCUGCAGGAUAAAUGGAGGGGCGUGAUUGGAAGGCAGACUUCAUAG